AUGGCACCAUUCGGCACGAUUUACUCGUACAUGCCCAGCCCUCGGGUCAUGAAGGCCCAGGCUGCGGCUAAUGUGAAUGGCUUGGAGCUGACCAUCUUCCCCGACUUCGCCAUGGGCAAGACCAACAAGACCGAGGACUUCCUCUCCAAGUUCCCUCUUGGCAAGGUCCCCGCCUUCGAGGGUGCCGACGGUACCAACCUCUUCGAGUCCGACGCUAUUGCCCAGUACAUCGCCGAGAGUGGUCCCGCCAGCGCCCAACUACUCGGUGCCACCCCUGCCGAGCGCGCGACCAUCCGCCAGUGGAUCAGCUUUGCCCAGGGUGAGAUCCUGGACCCCGUCACCCAGUUGGCCCUGUGGCGUCUGAAGAUGCGCCCCUACGACGAGGCCACUGAGAACAACAACCUGCAGCGCCUGGAGCGUUCGCUGGGCUGUCUCGAGACCCACCUGAAGGGCCGUUCCUGGUUCGCCAGCGAGGAGAAGAUCAGCAUGGCUGAUAUUACCGUUGCGUCCGCUCUGGUCUGGGGUUUCUCCAUGUCCAUCGAUGCGGAGAUGCGGGAGAAGUUCCCUCUCACUGUGGCCUGGUAUGAGCGUGUUAUUCAGGCUGAAGGUGUGAAGCAGGCCUUUGGAGAGAAGAACUUCGUUGAGAAGCGCCAGCCCUACCAGGGCUAA